ACUAGAUUUCGUUUUUGAAACACUCGAGAAAGAGAACAUUAAACGGAACAUCUCCGGGAUUAAUUAAGAAAACAGAACUAGAAUAAACACAAGAGACGUGUACGUAUGGUUUUAUUUUCACUUUAUAUAAACAGAAAAGGUUGUGUGAAUUUGUCUGUGUGUUUUUUUGUUUUUGAUUUUUAACAGGAUUUCUCUGGGGUUAAUUUUGCAAAUUGGUUGUAGAUGCUCACUAUAAUACUGUUUGGUGAUUGAAGAUCCCAUUCUUGAAGUAUAUGUAAAAAAAAAAAUUUGUACUUGAAUGAUAAUAGAGCGGGGCAGUAGUAUGUGAUUCCGUUACUGAAAAUUCCUUGAUGCUUGUUAGAUACCGCCGCUCAAAUGAGGCAAAUAGAGGUGCUAUGGGAAAGUUCUUAAUGUUGGGUGCUAUAAGUAUGUUGUGACAUCCAAACAUGUUGUGUUAUUCUGUGCAUGAGGUUCUAUGAAAACAUACAAUGUAAUUAAAUGAUGUAGUAGCUUUCUAUGUGACAAACACUGUUAACAGCGGUUAUUAACCCCUUCACUACAGAGCACUUUUUGAUUGAAAAACUUAUCCGCACAGCAUAUAUUUGAGGCAAAGGAUGCAUAGCUAGCAUUUAAACAUAUCAUAACACAGCAAUAUUCUGUAUAUAUUGUUUUGCGGACAAACUUAAACAUUUUGAUUGUAAAUUUACAGAGUGUUUAUUUUUCACUUUUGUUUUAUCUUUAUUGCAAAAAAAGAUAAAAUAAAACAUAUUGCAAGGAGUGUUUUAGAAUUAUUUGACUUGUUACCUAGAGUACCCUCGGCACUGUACCCCACCUCCUCUACAGCUCAGUGAGAGCCAGAAGCUCCUUCCGUUAGUUCGUCUGUGUCAAUCCCUGUAGUGUACGGCUAACGCAUUGGCUUAGAGUGUCAGCUGUUUUCAGCCAAUGAGCUAAGCCCGGCACUGCUGGAAUUAACUUAGUGAAGAGUGCUCCAGACUGUCCUGUAGGCUUUAGUAUACAGGAUAUCUACAAAAAUAAAUAAAAAUUUCCAUAUAGUGCAAUAAUGUAAUUGCACUAUUAAGUGAUUCAAGGUUCAACUCACAGGAAUUGGAAGGCUUAAAAGUCCAACAACAAAAAUCCUGAGAGUAGGUAACAGGAUACCAGGGAUUCCUCAACCUCCUCAGGAUAGGUGUAACAGGAUACAAAUGUAUUUAAAACAAUAAACAGUACAGCAUACAGUAAUGUUCAGCCCUACGCGUUUCGUCUUUACCAGCAAGCUUUUAAACCUUCCACUUCCUGUAAGUGCAAUAUAAUAAAGCAGUGAUUUUAAUUUUAACAGUACUGCACUUCGGUUUUUGUGACUUAUUUUAACAUGUACUUCUGAGCACCAAGAAUAUUUUAUUGAAGAGGAUGCCUAUGCUUGAUGUGCCUACAUACUCAUGCACUUUUGUGAGUUGAACCUUGAAUAUCUAUCACUUACUAUUCCAAUUACUUUGCUACACUAUAUGGUCUUUUUAUUCAUUUUUGUAGAUAUCCUGUAUAUAUAUAUUCAAUUUGACGACCUCGAGGAAUCCUUGGUUUUUGUCUACACAUAUUUGAAAGGAUAAUUUCUCUUUCAUUCUCUGCAUGCGGCAUUUUGCACUGCCCCUUAUAGGUGUUUGUUUGAUUUUUUUUAAUACAUUCUGUAGGCUUUAGUGUAGGCGGGAAGCAGCCUUAAAUAGUUUGACUCCUUACAAUGGCGCAGUAUAAGUGGUUAUGGUGCUUGACGUGAUCUGUGAAGUGAUCUGUUGCCUUUCUAUCAUCACUAUCUUUUUUUCCCUUCUUUCUUUUCUUUACUAAACACAGUCUUUUCUGUUGUUCAUGGAGAAGAGUAUGCAUCUGACAGCCUCCCUUGAUUUACGUGUUCUGUACAGUGAACUUUGUUGUCUGUCUCUCUUAGAUCCUGGUCUAAAUUUACAAUUUUGCUCAUCUGACCUUUAAAAGAAAAUGGCUCUAUGGAACGUCAAUGGUAGUGUAUACUUUAUUUUUAAACUACAAAUUUACAUAGUUAAUAUAUUUUAUUAUGGCUGGGAGGUCUAAUUUUAUUCAGUGGCAACAAAUUGACUUUAUAGAAUAAAAUGUGCAUUUUCCAAUCCUCUUUUGUAGUGUAUAUGUUAUAGAGACACUAUAGUCACCAAAACAACUUUACAUUAAUGAAGCAGUUUUCCCCUGCAGUCUCACUGCUCAGUUUUCUCCCAUUUAGGAGUUAAAUCACUUUUGUUUCUGUUUAUGCAACCCUUGUCACACCUUCCCUAGAUGUGACUAUAUAUUUUUUUAUCUACUGUUCUGUUGAUUGACUUUUAAUGACAGGCAGCAAGCUCUAGCAGGCUAUUAACAGAACAGGAGAUUAAAAAUUGUAAGACUGCAAAUAAUGGAAGUGGUGGUGUUUAUCAGAAACUGCAAUAAUUACAAUUGCAGAGUUAAGGGGCCAAUGAGUUGAAGUGGUCUGGGUGCCUAUAGUGUCCCUUUAACUCCUAAAUAGAAGAGAAUUGAGCAAUGGGACUGCUGGGCCAUGAUCAAGGCACUAAAAUCACUCCAUCUGCAUAUAUCAAAAUGAAAUAUUAUUUUUCAAUAUAAAAGAUUUUCCAUUUUAAAAGUUAAUCCAAAAAUAUUAACUCGUUUGAAAAGCUUCUCCAUAAAUAUAAAAUCAGGGCCUAUAUUGGACUAAAUUGCUUUUGCUUUGAUAUUACUUAUAUCUAAAUAUUAUAUAUGCACAGGAGAUCUGCAAUCCAUAGAAGAAAGUCUAAACGAGUUGAGAAAAGAGAUAAAUGUUUUUGCAGCACGUAUCAGCCACAAUCAUGGAACACCAAUAGCAGAAGGUAAAUCUGUUACUUCGGUCUAUUUGUAGUUUAUUACAUCAAUUGAUGAGAGUUUUUUAAACUGCAAAAAACAAAUGGAGUAGUAUUACAAUAUUAGAAUAUAAAUUAAAGAUAACAUGUCAUUUAUAUUUCGUGGUACACUCCAUCAUACACUCUGUUUAUUUUUUGUUUGGAACUUCCUAAGCCAGUGAUGAUGAACCUAUGGCGCAUGCAUGUCAAAACAGACACACAGAGGUCUCUCCGCCGGCACAUGGGCCAUGUUUUUGCCACUGGGGUAGAACUAUCAGUUGUGCAACCACCCCAGGGCUCACAGGCUUUGGGGGGGGAGGACAUGGGGGGUGUCUAUUGACUAGCCCUGGCACAUAGGAUCAUCUGAUGGGCAUGUCUAAUAAGGGCCCCUGUCGGUUUGGCGUUACCCCAGAUAGCUGCACAAACUGCCCCCUCCAAAUGCUGCAGUCAUCUGCUUAAAGCCCUAGCCAAUACCCACUGGACUUCAGAAAAGCCACUCUCCUGUAGGUAUGAAAACAGGAUGGUGGCUACAAAUAUGCGUGUGUGUGUCCGUCCGUCUGUCCAGUGGCAGAGAGGACCCUGGUGCAAGAAUUUGUUUUUGAACUCCCUCUAGCACUAGCAUGGGAAAAGUUAGGGCUUAACAGGAUAUGGCCAUAUGGUGUGACUGAAUCCCCAUAUUCGUUUGCUAAGAUAGGUGAUUUUAAGUAGCCUCAUAAAAUGUAAAACAACAACAAAAGACCCCAUUACCAACUUUACCCAGAGAAUGGUUUGAUGCGAGAGAGAAUCAAACUUAAAAGGAUUUUCAUUUAUUUAGGUUAAUCUAUUAUUUUUUUAUUUUUUUUGUUGGGGGGAAGUGGGAUAUAAUGUGAUAUACUGAUGGUGAUUGUGAAGGGGAGAAUAAGGAAGUGAAGGGAUUAAGUUAUUGCAUAUUGGUAUACAUGGAAUAAUAUAGUAAGGCAUAUAUGAGAAGAAAUAAGCAUAUUAUAUAGGUGUAUGUAUUUUAUAAAUGAUGCGUUUGAUAAAAAUAAAAAAUAAAAUCUCAAUAGUAAUUCAGCAGUAAAAAUGUUGUAUUAUAGGAUAAUAUGGAGUUUUUUGGUUUUUGAAUGGUUUUGUAUAGGGGCCGAGGACAGCUCAUAUGUGUUAAGGAGGCGUUUAGGGAAGUGUAAGAGGACCCAUGUUAUGUUAAGAAAAAUCAGGUUGCUAGUAUUAGUUUAAAAAUCUAGGUUUCAGGUUGAUGGGAGUAGUUGCAGUUUAUCCCAAGGCCGAAGUAGGCCUGGAAAACUGUGCCCCCUAAUUAACUCCUGGCAUUGGGUAAGUCCAGGAGGUGUUUAUUGUGUAUAUAUGUAUAUAUGGUUGUGUUUGUUUUUUUUUUUUGUUUUGUUUUUUUUCUUCCUCCCCUCAUUUUCAUGUUUUGGUAUACAAUAUGCUAAUAUGGUUCGUUUAUUUUAUUGGGUCAAAACAUCUGCUUGUAUUGGUGUUGAAUUAUGAUGGAUGAGAAGAUAAUUUCCUUAAAUGUAAAAGGCCUUAAUUCACCUGCUAAAAGGAAGAUAAUGUUUAAGGAAUUAAAGAGAAAGCAGGCGGACAUAGUUUUUUUGCAAGAAACUCAUCUUAACAGAUCUCAUAUAUUAUCCUUGACAGAUAAAUGGUAUGAUAGAGCGUAUUGUUCGAAUGCUAUUCAAAAACAUAAUGGAGUAGCUAUUUUGUUCCAUAAAAGAUGUCAGUUUAAGGUCUUAAAUUCCAUUCAGGAUAAAGAAGGAAGAUAUAUCUUAGUGUCUGGAAUAAUGGGCACCCGUAAGCUUCAUUUAAUGAAUAUAUAUGCCCCAAAUAUCCCAGAUAAUAGAUUUUGGGAUACGAUAGGCCAAAUUAUUGAUUCCAUAGCGUUUGAUUGUGUCUUGAUAGGUGGGGACUGUAACGCGGUUUCUUGUCCAGCAAUAGAUAGAAGUCAUAAGCCGGGAACAUUGCGAUCCCAGGGAAGGGGAGGACAAGAUAAACAGUUUUUUCAGUUUAUGAUAACUCAUAAACUUAUUGAUAUAUGGAGGGCUCAACAUCCUGACACACUUGAUUAUACCUUUUAUUCGCAUCCACAUGAUACGUAUUCUAGAAUAGAUAUGUUUUUGACCAAUUUAACACUUUCUCCCUAUUUAUAUAGCUCACAAAUUAACAAUAUUACGUGGUCAGAUCAUGCAGAUAUCAUUGUACAUAUAAAAGGAUUAUCAGUUAAACCCAAUUUUUCUUGGCGAUUAAAUACUUCUCUCUUGGAAGAUCCCAUAGUGAGAUCAAAUAUUACAAAGGCAUUGUUAAAUUAUUUUUCAGAAAAUAAUACGACUGAAAUUAGCAAAACCACUUUAUGGGCAGCACAUAAAACUGUAAUUAGGGGAGAAUUGAUCAAAAUAGCCUCAUAUAAGAAAAAGAUUAAAUCACAAUCAUUAUUUGAGUUACAGAAAGGUUUACGUAAGCUGGAACAAAAACAUAAAACAGUUCCCACUGAACAAACGCUAUAUGAUUUAAAAGCAUGUAGAUUAAAGAUUAAAAAGCUUUUGUUAGAUGAAGCAGUAUGGCAGUUAAAAAAAUCACGUAGAUAUUUUUAUGAGAAAGCUAAUAAAAUAGACGCCCCUUUGGCCAGAUGCUUAAAACCACGAACACAUUUUAAUCCUAUCUCAUCCAUUAGAAACGCUUCAGGGUCAUUAGUAUCAUCACCAGAGGAUGUUUAUGGAGUAUUUCGGGAAUAUUUUUCUAGAUUAUAUAGUCAAUUUAAAAACGAGAAUAUAGAAGGUACAGAUCAGGAGAUAAGACUGAGAGAAUUUUUGAAUAAGAUAAAUUUACCCCAAAUCCCUAAAAAUGCCUUAGAAGGAUUAGGGACCAAAAUAUCUUUAGAGGAAAUUAAAGCGGCAUGCUUUUCUAUUAAGGGGGGUAAAGCACCAGGGCCAGAUGGCUUUAGUAGUAGUUAUUAUAAAAUAUUUCAACACACUCUUAUGCCAUAUUUACAAGAGGUCAUAGAUGAAAUUUGUCAAAGCGGAGUUCUUCCAGCCGACCUUACAAUGGCUAAAAUUGUUCUUUUACCAAAAAAAGAUAAGGACCCUUCUUCAGUGGGAAAUUAUAGGCCUAUAUCAUUAAUAAAUGUUGAUAUAAAAAUAAUAGCUAAAGUCCUUGCCCUGAGAUUCUCUCCCCUACUUCCUUUUCUGAUUCAUCCAGAUCAGGUAGGUUUCGUUCCAGGUAGACAGCUGUAUGAGAAUACACGUAGAGCAGUUAAUGUUGCUUGGGUUAUGGCAGUAGGGAAGACACCAUCAAUACUUUUAUCAUUAGAUGCAGAAAAGGCAUUUGAUAGGGUCGCCUGGCCUUAUCUAUUUUAUUUGCUUCAAUAUUGGGGCUUUCCAGUCAAUUGCAUUACUAUAAUCCGUGCAUUAUAUUCAAAUCCCCAAGCAACAAUACAGCUCCCUGGCUCAGUUAAUACUCCGUUUGGAAUAUACAAUGGCACACGUCAAGGAUGCCCUCUCUCUCCUAUUUUGUUUGCACUUAUAUUGGAACCCCUUCUGAUCCAUAUCAGGGGAAGUGGCAAUAUACAGGGUAUUCAAAUAGGGAGGGAGAUUUAUAAAACAGCGGCUUAUGCUGAUGAUAUUUUAAUCUCUAUAGCAAACCCUUCUGAAUCUAUCCCUGAAUUGUUUAAGUUGAUAGAACAAUUUGGAGCCAUUUCAGGCUAUAAGGUAAAUUAUAAUAAAUCGUGUGGAGUGCCUUUUCAUUUAUCUGAGAUAGAACAAGACCAGCUAAAAACUAAAUUUGAUAUGAGUAUAGAUAAAUCUCUAAGCUAUUUGGGUGUUAAAAUUGGAUACGAUUAUAAUACAUUAUUUAAUGACAACUAUGUACCUUUGAUUAAGACUUUGAAAAAGGACCUAGAGAAUUGGCAUGAUAAGCCAAUUUCAUGGAUUGGCAGAAUUCAUUCUAUAAAAAUGAAUAUUUUACCGAGGCUUUUAUUUCUAUUUCAAGCAUUGCCUAUAAAGGUCUGUAAAGAGGACUUAUUGGGUAUUCAGAAAGCUAUAGACACAUUUAUUUGGCAGGGCAAGCGACAUAGGAUAGCUAGAACUCUCUUGUAUAGACCGAGAGUUAAAGGGGGACUAGGUCUCCCCAAUUUAAUUAUUUAUUAUUACGCAGCCCAAUUGGCUCAAAUUGUUGGUUGGCAUGCAAAUCAAGGGAAAUACAGAUGGGCGGAUAUGGAGGAAGAUUUAAUGACACCAGACUCGCCAGGGUUGUAUAUGUGGUUGAAUAAGGUUUCAAGACCAGGGUUGAAACAAAUAUGCCCUUCUACGGCAAACUCCCUCCACAUUUGGGAUAAACUUAAGUUAAAAUAUGGUCUAACUAAUUUCCCUUCACCCAUGACCCCUGUUUUUCGGAAUAGACAAUUUAUUCCUGGUAUGGAAGAACACAAUUUUCAAGGCUUAAAGGCAGGAGGAAUCUAUAGAUAUGUAGAUCUUUGGUCAGAAGGAGAGGUAGUUUUAUUUUCUAGUUUGUUGACCAGAGUAGAACUGAGGACAGGAGAUUUUUUUCGUUAUUUGCAGAUUAGAGAUUUUGCGUAUUCAAUGGAGGUAAAAACGGCAGUUAAAUUCCCCUUCACUAAUUUUGAAAAAAUGUGCAAAAUAGGUAGGUUAAAGGGAGGUCUUAUCUCUGAUUUGUAUAAUCAACUAAGUGAGGAACCUACGGUUUGGGCUCCAUUAAAGUAUAUAUCCUACUGGGAGGCAGAUUUAGGUUCUUCUUUGGAAACUAAGGAUUGGAUAGAUAUCUGGGAAACAGCAUCCAAAAUAUCGAUUUGUGUAAUCUCGCAGGAACAAAUGUUUAAGAUAUUAUUUAGGUGGCAUGUGACCCCUGUUUUUUUGUACAAAAUAGGUAAAAAUCUGACGGAUCUUUGUUGGAGGGGAUGUGGUUUACAAGGGACAUAUUUACACAUGUGGUGGGAUUGCCCAAAGAUUAAAAGCUAUUGGGAGGAAAUAAGGGAGCUAAUUCAAGUGGUAAUACAGGGAAAUAUAGAACUCAAUCCUUGGAUAUUUUUGCUAUCGAAAUCAAUAGCAGGUAUACCCUGCCAUUCGCAGAAAUUAAUAUUUUUAAUUUUAUUGGCCGCACGUAGAUGUAUAGCCGCUAGCUGGAUAAAUCUGGAUUUACCAUCAAUGAGAGAGGUGGAAUUAAAGAUUCAAGAAAAUUAUAUAAUGGAUGAAUUAUCAUCUAGAGUAAGACAUUCUUAUUAUAUGUUUGGUAAGGUCUGGGAACCCUGGAAGGUUUAUGCGAAUAGGAAGGGUAUAGGUAGAUAGAGAGGCAGAGGGGGGGGGAGAGUGUAUUAAAUGUGUUUUUUUUUGUUGUUGUUUUUUUUUGUUUUGUGUGUGUAAAAAUUUGUAUUGAUGAAUAACUCAAAAUGGUGAUAUUAGAGCUUAAAUGCAAUCUUUUAGGUAAUAUUGCUGUUAAAUGCAUGUUAAAGAUUGUAUAAUGUAUAAUGAGUUAUUUUUUGUUGUUUUUAGUGUUAAAUAAAGAAAGAAUAUUAAAAAAAUAAAAUAAAAUGUAAAACUGUAUUAUUAUUUUUUUGUGUGUGUACGGUGUUCCAUAGUCUGUAUUUUGUAUAUAGUUUGGUCUUAACGGCAGCACCACUACUUAGAAAUGUAUGUUCGGGUGUAGCCCCAAUUCCCCUUUUUGCCCUGUUUGGAAGAUGUCUAUAAUGUAAAUGUUGUACAUUUCAUAAAAUCAUUACAUUUUAGUUGAGUAAAGUUAUACAACUUAAAGUGUUGUUUCCCUCAAGAUGUUAUUGGGGACUCUGAGCUAAGAAUGAAAGAGUGCUUAAAUCAGAUCCAUGGCUUUUCAGGAGCUUCCUUGGUAAGGUGAUUGCUCCCCUGGAGUGAUCACUUCCGGGUUGCCCCAAGUAGCACCUGGCAGUGAGGCAGAGCAUCGGAAGCGAUCAGGCAAAAAAUAAAUAAAAUAUAUAUAUAUAUAUAUAUAAUAUGUAUAUAUAUAUAUAUCUUAUAUAUAACGUCAUACUAAGUGUAUUUUUUUUAUUAAUAGUAUACAUAGUAAAAUUACACACGUAUAUAAAAACUAUAUAUAUUGUGUGUAUAUAUAUAUAUAUAUAUAUAUAUUAUAAAAAAUAAAUAAAUUAAAAAUAAAUUUAGAAAAGUAAUAAUAAAUAAAACAUUUUAAAAACAAAUUAUAUAUAUAUAUACAUAUAUAUAUAUAUAUAUGUGUGUGUAUAUAUAUAUAUAUAUAUAUAUAUAUAUGUAAUUUUAUUCUAACUGUAUUUUGAUAAAAUAUAUAUAUAGCAAAAUACACUUAGAAUAAAAUUGUAUAUAUAUAUAUAUAUAUAUAUAUGUAUAUAUAAAUAAAUAAAAAUAAUAAUACGGAAUAUACAUAUGCCCAUGUACAUAAUUACAUAAAUAAUUUCAUAAAUAUACAUGUAGACUUCAAAUAUAUAAAUAUAUAUAUUUAAAUUCUACAUGCAUAUUUAUGUAAUAUUUUUACAGACAGAACGUCAAGAGAAUUUAUUUUGCUAGCACUAUAUUUAACCCUGUAACUUUAUAAGACACCCUAAAACCUGGACAUGGAGGUACUGUUUUACUUGGGAGACUUUGCUGAACACAAAUAUUAGUGUUUCAAAACAGUAAAACAUAUCAUAGCUAUGAUAUCAGUGAAAGUGACGUUUUUUGCAUUUUUUACACAUAAACGGCACUUUCACUGAUGAUAUUGUUGUAAUACAUUUUACUGUUUUGAAACACUAAUAUUUGUGUUCAGCGAAGUAUCCCGAGUAUAACAGUACCCCUCAUGUACAGAUUUUAUAGUGUUUUUGAAAGUUACAGGGUCAAAUAUAAGGUUUGAGUUUCCAUUUUUUUCACAUUGAAAUUUGCCAGAUAGGUUAAGUUGCCUUUGAGAGCGUAUGGUAGCCCAGGAAUGAGAAUUACCCCCAUGGUGGUAUACCAUUUGCAAAAGAAAACAACCCAAGGUAUUGCAAAUGGGGUAAGUUCAGUCUUUUUUAGUAGCCACUGGUCAAAGUUAGCGUUCAUAAUAGUUUUUUGAAUUUAAACAAACACACAAACAAAUAUAAAUGCUAACUUUGGCCAGUGUUUGUGACUGAGUGGCUACUAAAACUAGACAUACCCCAUAUUGAAUACCCUGAGUUGUUUACUUUUCAAAAAUAUAUGGUUUGAUGGGGUUAAAUUACACUGACCAGCUUAAAAAAUGUCCCAAAUAGCACAUGGGUGCAUCAUGCAUCAGCUGUGAAAAUGCCAAGUUGAAAAAAUGGAAUGCGCACUCUCCUAAUAAGGUAUUUCAGGCCCCAGAGAAAAUGACACACCUAUACAUGGUUGGUAUCACUGUACUCAGGAGAUGUUGCUGAAUACAUAUUUGGGUGUUCUUUGACAGUAACCCUUAAAGUUCUCAGUACAUGUAUUCUUAAAUUGCUAUGUGUGUCAAAUAAAAUCACCAAUUAUUAUUAUUAUUAUUUUUUAUUUGGCAUAGAUUGGUGGUAAAAUGGUUGCAUGAAAAGAGUCAAAAUACCCCAAGUUUAAUAGCUUAGGUUGUCUUCUUUUAAAAAAUAUAUACAUGUGAAGGGUUAUUCAGGGAUUCCUGACAGAUAUCAGUGUUACAAUGUAACAUUAUUUGUUUGUAAAAAUAAUGGUUUGGAAAUAGCAAAGUGCUACUUGUACUUAUAACCCUAUAACUUUCCCCAAAAAAGCUAAGUACAUGUUAACAUUGUGUAUUUCUAAACUCAGGACAAAAUUUAGAAACUAUUUAGCAUGGAUAUUGUUUGGCAGUUGUGGAUGCGUAACAGAUUUUGGGGGUCACAUUUAGAAACAGUGUGUUUUUAAAAAAAAAUGUCAUCAUAUUUUAUAAUUCUUUUAUAGUAAAUUAUAUGACAUGAUGAAAAUAAUGGUAUCUUUAGAAAGACCAUUUAAUGGCAAGAAAAACAGUAUAUAAUAUGUGUGAAAAUUACACAAAAUAAAAACAAACACCGCAGAAAUGUAGAAACAUUGGUCCCAAACAGUAAGAAACUUGAAAAGUGGUCUGGUCACUAAGCGGUUAAGUAUGCGUGGGAUAGGCAUAAGGCUAUAAGAUAAUGCCAGGAACUAAUGAGAGUAUUUAGAAAAUUGGGCAGACUAGAUGGGCCAAAUGGCCCUUAUCUGCCGUCACAUUCUAUGUUUCUACUAACAUCCUAUAGAUUAACAAAGAUAGCAUACUGUUAACUCUAAUUUGUAUUUUAUUUUGAAAAACAUUUUAGUGGAUAGCAAAAUACAAUUUUAAAUAUGUUAAGCCUGAAUUGACUAUAUGUACAUAAGGCCUGUGUUUCACCAGGGAAUCUUGAUUAUUCUGUUAAUUUUCUUUCUGCAGGUAGCGAUCAGAAACUUGAAGUAAAAAGAAAUGAGGAUAUCAUCAAAGUUUUGACAGAGUUUCAGAACAAAUUAAGAGACUUGAACCAUGUAAUUCAUGGUAAUUAUUGACAAUUUUCCAUAAGUAGUAAUAGAUAUCCUGUUGCUAACUGAAACUGGACUUGACCUCAAGAGGAUGCAAAUUAUAAUGUAUUUAGAUUUUUUUAUUUUAUCUGUCUGAAAAUAAUUAUUAUUGCAAACAGAUGUCCUUCUGAUACAAGAUGUGAAAUGUUUACUGGCAGAGUGAGUGAAUUGUGCAGAUAUGAAAAGAAUAGACAGCGUACACUGAAACAAAACUGGUAGGAACUAGAAGGGGAAAAGAAGGUUAAAGAUCUGUCAUGGAAUCAGGUGACAGAAUGACGGAACAAGGGCAGAGUGAAAGAGUUAGUGGACAAAAAUAAUAUUUAGAUAACACACUGUAGCCAUUCACCACUAUUCCCACUUUUUAUCCCUUCUAUACCCCCCUUUUUCUUUUUUUUUAAAAUACUAAUUCUGUUUAAAAAAAAAAAAUUCAGCUGAUUUCUCAGCUGACAUUUGUAGGAGCUAUAAAAGACAUGUCCUGCAUUUUUUGUCCAAGCAUCGACUUUUUGGUCUCUAGGGUCAACAGACGUGACCAAGCAGCAUGACAUUUUUGCAUCAAAAGAUGGGCUCAGAAUCAACUACACUCGGGGCAUUUAAUCCAUUCAAGAGCUAUUCAGUGGGAAUGGGCUACCCUGUGUGGAGUUGGCUAGUGCAGCUUAGAGUCAGUUUAGCAUGUAUACACACACGCUUUUUGGGCAGAUGGACUAGGCGGUGAUGUAAGGGUGACAGAAUAUGCCAGCCAAGACUCUUCCCCAAACUUCCCUCAAGAUUUCCUGGUGGGCCGCCCUAGCUUGGGGUCAUUUAACAUAGAAACAGAGAAAGUGAUGGCAGAUAAGAACCAUUUGGCCCAUCUAGUCUGCCCAAUUUUCUAAAUACUUUCAUUAGUCCCUGGCCUUAACUUAUAGUUAGGAUAGCCUUAUGCCUAUCCCACACAUGCUUAAACUCCUUUACUGUGUUAACCUCUACCACUUCAGCUGGAAGGCUAUUCCAUUCAUCCACUACCCUCUCAGUAAAGUAAUACUUCCUGAUAUUAUUUUUAAACCUUUGUCCCUCUAAUUUAAGACUAUGUCCUCUUGUUGUGGUAGUUUUUCUUCUAUUAAAUACAGUCUCCUCCUUUACUGUGUUGAUUCCCUUUAUGUAUUUAAAUGUUUCUAUCAUAUCCCCCCUGUCUCGUCUUUCCUCCAAGCUAUACAUGUUAAGAUUCUUUAACCUUUCCUUGUAAGUUUUAUCCUGCAAUCCAUGAACCAGUUUAGUAGCCCUUCUCGGAACUUUUUCUAAAGUAUUAAUAUCCUUCUGAAGAUACGGUCUCCAGUACUGCGCACAAUACUCCAAGUGAGGUCUCACCAGUGUUCUGUACAAUGGCAUGAGCACUUCCCUCUUUCUACUGCUAAUACCUCUCCCUAUACAACCAAGCAUUCUGCUAGCAUUUCCUGCUGCUCUAUUACAUUGUCUGCCUACCAUCAGAAAUAAUCACCCCAUAAAUCCCUUUCCUCAGAUGUUGAGGUUAGGACUCUAUCAAAUAUUCUGUACUCUGCCCUUGGGAUUUUACGUCCAAGAUGCAUUAUCUUGCACUUAUCCACAUUAAAUGUCAGUUGCCACAAUUCUGACCAUUUUUCUAGUUUACCUAAAUCAUUUGCCAUUUGGCUUAUCCCUCCUGGAACAUUAACCCUGUUACAUAUCUUAGUAUCAUCAGCAAAAAGACAUACCUUACCAUCAAGACCUUCUGCAAUAUCAUUAAUAAAAAUAUUAAAGAGAAUGGGUCCAAGUACAGAUCCCUGAGGUACCCCAAAGGCUUCUUUAUGGACAGCAAAAGGCUGCUUUUUGAGAUCAGAACAAUUCAGCCACACUACAGAAAUGUAGAUGAACUGGAAGGGACUAUUUAAGGCUAGGCUAGGAGAGAGAGGAAUGUUACAUAGUUACAUAGUUAUAUAGCUGAAAAGAGUCCAUCAAGUUCAGCCUUUCUCAAAUAUGUUUUUUGCUGUUGAUCCAUAAGAAGGCAAAAAUAAACAGUUUGAAGCACUUCCAAUUUUGCAACAAACUAAGAAAAAAAAUCCUUCUUGACCCCAGAAUGGCAGUCAGAUUAUUCCUUGGAUCAAGAAGCUAUUACCCUACAUUGAAAGAUUAUAUCCUUGAAUAUUCUAUUUUUGCAAGUAUGCAUCUAGUUGCUGUUUAAACAUCUGUAUGGACUCUGAUAAAAACCACUUCUUCAGGCAGAUAAUUCCACAUCCUUAUUGUUCUUACAGUAAAAAAAAACCCUUUCCUUUGCCUUAGACAAAAUCUUCUUUCUUCCAGUCUAAACGCGUGGCCUCGUGUCCUAUGUAAAGUCCGGUUUGUGAAUAGAUUUCCAAACAAUGGUUUGUAUUGGCCCCGAAUAUAUUUGUAUAAUGUUAUCAUAUCCCCUCUCGGGCGACGUUUUUCUAAACUAAAUAGGUUUAAAUUUGUUAACCUUUCUUCAUAGCUGAUAUGCUCCAUUCCUUUUAUUAAUUUUGUAGCCCGCCUCUGCACUUUUUCUAGUACCAUAAUAUCCUUCUUUAGAACAGGUGCCCAAAAUUGCACAGCAUAUUCAAUAUGUGGUCUUACCAGUGAUUUAUAAAGAGGCAAAAUUAUAUUCUCAUAACGAGAAUGAAUGCCCUUUUUCAUGCAUGACAAUACCUUACUGGCCUUAGUCACUGCUGAUUGACAUUGCACAUUGUUGCAUAGUUUGUUGUCUAUAACAAUUCCAAAGUCCUUUUCGAGUGUUGUACUCCCUAAUUUGCUUCCAUUAAGGAUUUACGUUGCUUGUGCAUUCUUUACGCUGACGUGCAUAACUUUACAUUUCUCAACAUUAAAUUCAAUCUGCCAUUUGAGUGCCCAGUCCACCAGUCUAUCUAAAUACCUCUGCAGCAAUUUAAUACCUUGCUCACAUUGUAUUAUUUUACUUCACAACUUCACUUCUGUAGUCAAAAUCCUUGCACAGGCCCUGAUAGUUAGGUAUUCAUAUUUUCCAAUGUAGGAAGUAAUGUGCAUGGGUGUAUUUUUCUCUAUUUUUAACUUGUUUUUGUAAUGACAAAUUUAAUUUACAUUUGUAUGUAUUACAGGUUGUAGAAAUUCCCAGAUUUACUUUUGUAAGUAUUAUCCUUUUUAGUUGUUCAUUUGUUUAGUUUACAGUUCUUACAUGUUGUUCUUAAGCGUUCCAGAGAACUUAACGCUAUACAUUUAGUAAAUCAUUUUUCUUGUAAAUAUUUUUUUUUAACUUAGAAUCACUUUUAAGAAACUACACUAAGAAAAACCUAUUGCUGAAUGAAAAUGCAACUUUAAAAAAAAUAAAAAAUAAAAAAAACUCACUUUCUGUUUCAUUAAUGAGUAAAAUCGCUAUAAUCAUCUAUUUGUUAUGUAUCAAAAUAAAGGGAAUCAUUCACCAAACUGUAGUAAAAUGAAAAUGCCAUUGUAAAAUGUAGGUAGUCUGAUUGGGGGGAGAAAACCUCUGAAUCUCAGCUAUAAUCACAGCUUAGCUAUUUUAGCAUGAGUUUUGCUAUUUGGUUUUCAUUUCCCCCCCAAUUCAGUGUUAACUGACUAAUCUCUAAAGUGUUUCUUUUUCAAAUCUGAAUAUAUCAUAUCUGUCUAUAUGCAGUUUGUGAAAUAGUCAAUAAUGGAUUUGUAACGCAAUAUAGUUUUGAAACUAGAAAUGUAAUCCACCAAAUGUGGACCAAGCAACAUUUUGACCCAACACUGUCAAACCUAACAAAAACCACCUGUGUUGGGUCUAAAUGUUGCCCGGUCCACAUUUUGUGGAUUAAAGAUCGUGAUUUGAAAAUGAUCUGAUGUUGUGACUCCAUUUUUGACCAUAUGAAUGCCUUGGGAUUUGGGGGACUCCUUGAGUACGCUGCCCAGGCUCCGUUACAUGCAGUGUUUCCUUAUUACGUUAUCUUUAUACAGUUUGUAGAUACACACAUGAUUAAUAAAGUGUGAAUUUUCUGGAAUGCAAAGUUAAAAUAGUCAGAAUAGUUUAACCGAAAACAUAAGAGUUAGAGAAUUCAAGUUCAGUUAUUUUGGUCAUUCUCUAAAUUGAAAAAUUGCCAGGAAGUCAAAGUGAAUUUAGGCCAGAAUUCAGAAAUUUAGGCCAAAAUAUGUAAAUUGGACAUUUUCUCCAAGUCAACUGUUUUGAGUUUGGAUAUUUUGUCCUUAAAUUUGAAAUUCAAUUUGAAUUUACUUUAAACUUCUCACUUUAGUGAAUAAUCCUGUUUAAAUUCUCUUUGUUUUCAAGACAAUUCACACUUUAACUGAACUACUAUGUGAAUAUGCUGGCUUUAUUGUUUUCCUUUAGGCUUGCACAAUAAUGAUAUUUAUCACCUGAUCAUACACAUUCCUGAUGAAGAAUGGAACCACUUCAUGAGAAAUCUCUUUCAACAUCUCAGCGAUGAACAGAUAGACUCUUUCAGUGAGAUGCGCAAAACAAACCCAAAAGAGGCAAAAUACAACAUGAUGAAGGAAUGGAUGAAAAAAAUCAAGAACCUAAAUAAAGAACAAACGAUCAAUGAAAUCAAGCGGGUCCUUGACCUCCUCCAAAUAAGUUAUGUUUCAGAAUUAUUUGAUGAAUCAUGCAAGAAAAAUGCCAAAAUCUUGAACAAAUUGAAACACUUAACAAGUAAGAGUUUACUUCAUUGCAUAAACAUAAAAACUUGGAAUGCCUGCAGAGCAGUUAUACUGAAGCAAAUUGUUUAUCAUUUUUUCUACUCUAACAAUUAACACCUAAUUACCAUAUCGAUAUCUCCUUGCUUCUCCAGCAGUAAUUCACAAAAGAGACUAAGCACCCAGUGCUAAGCAACCUUUCCUUGUAGACCCCUUGUAGAACCAUUUGGCAUUCAUUUUUGUUUUAAAUUAACUUUUAAAUUAACUUUGAAUUCUUACUGUAGUAAAUAACCCUGUAGUAGAUGUUUACACAGAGAGCCCUGAGUCCUCCUACCUAAAUAGACCCACCACAAAAAAAAAAGUGAAUCAAAUAUCACCCAAACCAUGGUUAAAACUUUUCCAAAAACAAUAAACGCCAAAUCCUCAUACAACCCAUCCUGAAAGGAUUCCAAAAUCUGAUGAAGUUUAAAAGACUUCCAUCGGUACUCAUGGGGAGAACACCAUGUCAGGUAUGUAUGCCACAUCUUGUCAUAAAUGCAGCUAGUAGCAGGCUUGUGAUACUAAAUCAAGGUCUCAAUGACCUUAUCCAAAAGUACCUCUGGAAUUUAAGAUCAUACAUUACUUUCUAUGCCACCAAAAACAGAGUAUGGAGGUCUAGAUGGUAAAAGGCUCCUUGGAACAGCAUACAUUUCUACCAGAGUUUAAAUCCAGGUCCUGCACAGCCAUACAGGAGUAAACAAAUGCAACAGGGUUGCAUCCUAAUAAGUCCUUGCCACCACCCAAAGAAAACAAAGUGAUCGUCAAGUGCAAGCACAAUUAGCGUAGGUACCAGAACACCAUCAGUGCAUCUCGCUGGGCUGCACCAAGGUUCCUGCCCUGUGAUUUAAACACUCAAAAGACUAUUGGGUCUGUCUCAGGGAAUCCCCAGGGCGGAACUUGCUGGGAGAAGAUAUCAAGAUGGACAUUCCACUCUCCCAGUUAAAAAGCCUGGUGACUGAGGUUGUCCACCUCCCAAUUGUCUAUACCAUAAAUGUGAAUCAACGGCUUAUACACAUUCUGGAAUUCCACCCACCGGAGAAUCCUUGAAACAUCCCUCACAGAAGUAGCAUUCCACAUUAUUCCUUGUUGGUUGACAUGACUGAACAGAGGAUUCCAGAGUAGGGGCUAAACAAAGAUAAACCUGCAAUGUAUCAUUUGAAAUUCAGCUACAUUCUUUUUUUUAGAUGUUAUAUUACAGUAUUUCACAUAAUUGAUUAUGUGGAUUAUGUGGCUCAAUACUUCAAUAUUUAAAAAGUAGCAUGAGCACACAAUUACAUCAAUUCAGCAGCUUUAUUGGAUCAACAGGAGAGACGAUAACGUUUCUGUCUCAUUAUGAGAUUUUUGUCAAGUCUUGACAAAAGUCUCAUAUUGAGACCGAAACAUUGUCUUAUAUCCACUUGAUCUGAUAAAUCUGCUGAAUGGAAGUCGUUGUGUGCCCAGGCUCUAUUUGAAAUUUGGAAAUAAUACUGGGGAGCUUGUCAUCUACUUAACUGUGUGCACCAAUUAUGACUUUUGGCUGAGUGUAGUCCCUUUAGAUCCUCACUUAGCAAAGUGGAAGUUGCAGCUCUACAACCACUGGGCAAAUAUAUUUUGAACGCUGCAGUAGCUUUAGCAUCCAUCGAUGUAAAAAGUUUCCUGUUUAUAGGAUUAGCCAUCAGCUAUUUGUUAUCAAUUAUAUUUCCCAAAAUGUGCUAUACUUAUUAAAUGGUUAAUUUAAUAAUAUGCAGACUGACAUACUUAUUUUGCUCAAUUAUGUUUUUAUUUUCUUUCAUUUUUAGCAUAGUGAUCAUGGAGAAAUUGGAAUGCCUGCUGCUAUAACAUAUGUUGAUCAACUUUGGUGAUAUAACUGGCUUGUAUCAGGAUGCAUACCAGUCCAUCUUACAGUGUCAGGACUCCAAUCGCAAGACUGACAAGAGAAAUCAAAUUCUACAAGUCCACUAGUGUUCGACAGGAUUAGAAUCCAGAGUACCACUAUUGUUUGCAAGAAUUUUCACAAGGAACCACUUGAGUUUUUACUUGAUCUACAAUUUACAAUCAGAGCAGUGUCAUCUAUGAUUUCACAUUGGUUACACUCCUAUCUAUUGUUUGUAUGCUUGAUCUGAUGGCAUUGACCUAUACCAUUCCUGUCAUUCUCAAGCUGUCUUGGUGGCUCCUUCGAUCAAUGUUUUCUGUGCAUCCAUACAAGUAGGACUACUGUUAUCAUAUUGGCAAACAGUAAUUUGCAUUCUUGCUAUUUCCUUGUAUUACUGCUUGAAUGGCUCAGGUUUGAUAUCCCUGACAUGGAUCAAUUACUUGUCUGGUAAACACAUUGAUUCUGAAUCCAGAAUAACAGGAGUUAGCCUUACAAUGUCUGUGAAAAGGCAUGUCACUUGGAGUGCUCGUGUUUCUCCAUGGAAUGUACAGAACAGUUUGCUGUUUAAAGAGAAUGCAUAGCGGUGGCUCUAAACAGUCAUUUUAUCUGUCAAACACUUUGUGACCUUUGAAGCCUGAUACUGGAAAUACUAUUUGCACCAAGCUUCCAUUUUUUUUAAUGAACUAUACAUCAAUCCAUGUAUCUAGUUCUCUGUUUUUGUAAUUGCAUUUCAUCUGUCGUAUGCUUUUUUUUUACUACUGUACUGUAAACAAAUUCUAUUUCAGUGUUUCCAAAACCAGCCAUUGAAAAGGGACUCUUAGAACCAUAACUAUUGAAGUCUUCUAUUAGUAGUGAUCGUUCGAGAAGUCUAUGCGUGUUGUAGGCCAGCAGCUUCAGGCUAAGGCACCAUCCACAAAUAACACACAUUGUAGACAUGGUCUCCAAGUCCAAAAGUCCUAUGACAAGAUAAUUCCAUCUUAUUGCGUUUGCACUACCAGGGGCUGCAUUCUUGCUGCUAUGAAGAGAAUCUAUUGUAUCGCUCACAAAGAGCUCUGCACUUUGCACACUAAAUAAUUAUCCUCAGCUGGGCAGUCCCCUGAUAGCAAUAACUUGGGCUAGGGCUACUGGACUAUAGAUCUAUUUGGGACAUAGAGAUCUACUUUGUUUACCAAUAAAUGGGGACAUUUCAGGUAAUUUCAUUUAAAGCACUUUACGUUACGAAUUGUAUACACAUCAGUAUAGCCAAAGCUGUGAACAUUUUUCAGUUUUUUUUUUCAUUAUUAUUAUUAUAAUUUUUUCAUAAUAAAUUUGAAUGUAAAUGUUAGUGUUAACCAGUUGGUUGAGAUUCUUUUUAAAAGGUUUUGGGAUUUAGUUUUAAAUUGAGAUCUUUAUUAUAUAUGGACCACUUGUCUAGAUUUUCAUGCAAACAGGUGUAAAAUGAAUUAUGUGCAUUAUACUAAUUGCAAAAAUCAAAGACCCCAAAUGCCUUUCAGGAUAAAUUUUAAAAAGACAUCUGCUGACAUGGUAAUGUUUGUUUCAAUAUUUCCAUUAUGCUCCCAUGAUUUAUUUUUUUAUUUGUACCUUAAUAUCACAUUGUUUAUCAACCUUAAUGGUACAUUCUGUAAUCUACAACAGUGUGAAAAUGUCUAACUGCACUUUUAAAUUGUCAAAGAUUACUCCAACUACCAUGACCACUUCUGCUUUUAGAAGUGGUUAUGGCGGUAGGAGUCUGUAUGUCCAGCAUUUUAGCUUAAAACACUGCACUAGUUUCAUCCCCGGCACAUAUGACUUCUGUUCAAUUCUCCAUGAGAGGCAUUUGAUUAGACCGGGAGACGGAAUCCAUUGAGGGUAGCUUUGCCGGGAGUUAGAUUCCAGGUAAGCGAAAAACGUAUUUUGCAGGUUUAUAAUAAAUAAUGCCCACAAUGAAAUUUGCACAGAAUUAACAUAAGCCAGCCCGGAACUCCUAGUUCUAGGCUUGUUAACAAUAUCCCCAUGGUGCAGUCAGAUGUUAAGUUCCACCUCAUGCAACAGAGAAGUUAAACUCUGUAUGAGCAUAGCUGCACAUACAGACUCCAGGCACCAUGACCACUUCAAGGCACUGAAGCACUAAUAUUAGCAGUUCAGGAUCAGGCACUCAGCACCAGAUCAAUACCACACGAGGCAAGACCCAAGGUGCAAACUGUGCAAAGGAUCCUCAUGGUUGCAAGGUGUUAGCACAAACACCAUACACUGAGAGGCACAACCAAGUUGCUGGGAUUGUGUACCGAAACAUCUGCACAGAAUAUGGGCUGGACCUGCCUACGUCUAGAUGGGAGAUACCACAAAGGGUAGUUGAGGAUGACAGGUCUAAGAUCCUGUGGGAUUUUCAGAUCUAAACAGACAAUCAAGUAGUGGCCAAUAAACCUGACAUUGUGGUGGUAGACAAGAAACAGAAGACUGCAGUGGUGGUGGAUGUGGCAAUAACUAGUGACUAAAACAUCAGGAAGAAGGAACAUGAGAAGGUGGACAAAUACCAAGGGCUGAAAGAAGAACUAGACAGGAUGUGGAAAGUGAAGGCAGUUGUGAUAGGAGCAUUCAGAGCUGACCCCACAAGGUAGUGGCUCCAGCAGAUUCCAAUUGGUACAUCUAAGAUCGCUGUCCACAAGAGUGCAGUUUUAGGAACAGCUUAAUACUGCUCUGAACCCUCAGACUCCCAGUCCUCUGGUAGAGGACCCAAGAUUGACGAAUACAAGAAAUAACUCGGGUAGGGGCGAGGAAAAAAAAAUAUACAUAUGUGUGUGUGUUAUAUAUAAGGUAUAUGGCUGCAAUUAAAAAGAAAAGGUUAAAUGGUGGUAGAAUCAACACCACAAGAAUGCGAAAAAACAUUUGGUAACAAUGAACCGCAUCUCAAAAAAGCAGUGGUCCUUAAGGGGUAAACUAUCUAUAUUGUUUUAACAUUUUGCACUUUUGUAUUUUCAUUUUAUGAAUUAAAAUGAUGACAUAUAUAUAUAAAA